AUGCAAGACAUUUAUUCUACAAACCCCAGGACUUUGGGCCGGGCCAUCUGUAUCAUCACAGGAGCCUCCAGGGGAUUCGGACGGGCGCUGGCACAAGAAGUGUCCUACUUUUUGAAGCCUGGGUCUGUCCUCCUGCUGGUGGCUCGCUCGAACACUAUGCUGCAAGAGUUGAAGGAAGAGCUGCAGAGUUGGACGGAGGAACAGCAGCUCGUGGUUCACUGCAUAGCUGUUGAUCUGAGCACGAGAGAGGGUGUGCAUGAAACAGUCAGGGUGGCAAGGCAGGAAGCUAUAAAUGAAAUGGAUCAUGUGCUUCUUAUCAACAAUGCUGGCUCUUUGGGUGACAUUUCCCACUUUGCGAGUUUCACCAACCUUGAUGAGGUGAAUUCCUAUCUGUCCCUCAACGUUAGCUCUGCUCUCGCACUGACUGCAGGAAUACUGCAGGUAUUUCCAUGCAGACCGGGCCUGCAAUGGAGUGUGGUGAACGUCUCGUCAGUGUUUGCAAUGCAGGCCUUACCGUCCUGGGUGCUGUACUGCACUGCCAAAGCAGCAAGAAAAAUGAUGUUCGGGGUGCUGGCUGAGGAGGAGCCAAAUGUCAAAGUCCUCAGCUACUCUCCAGGUCCUAUGGACACAGAUAUGCAGAUUGAUAUUCAGAGAUUAACAGGUGCCAAACACCAUCUGUUACCCUGCCAGGAAUCUGCAGCCAAACUGAUGAAGCUACUUCUGGACAACAAUUUCCCGUCAGGGAAACACCUCGACUUCCUUGAAGUGUGAUAUUAAUAUUAAUAUGAGACAGAAUUUUUUUUUAACUUUAAAAAAAGUUAAUUUUUGCAUGUGACUCCCUUGCUUAUUCUAGGUAGAAAGAGUUAAGAACACAUAUACAUGAAGUAAAAACAUACAGUAGCUAAAGGUGUUUUGGUGAUUUUUUAUUCUUACAGUAUAUAGAAUCCAUUAACAUGUUGGCCUUUAUAAAUGUCUAUGAGUCUU